GGUCCUCCACUCACUUGUUAUUUCCGUUGUAGUUUAUAUAUAGUGUAUGUUUCUUCUGAGUUGCUCCACAUAGGCUUCUCUGCAAAAAUGGAACACUCAGGAGAUCAAGGUUGGGGGGACCCAGUGGAGGAAGAGGAGGAGGAGGACGAAGACGACGACGACGAAAUAGGGUUUGUAAAAGACGAGAGGAAGAAGAGAGCCGUGAGUGGUAGCCGAAGCGGCGGCGGAGGAGGAAGGACUUCGGUGGCGCGUUGCCAAGCCGACAGCUGCAAUGUCGACCUGAAUGGCGCCAGGGCGUACCACCGCCGCCACAAAGUGUGUGAGUUCCAUUCCAAGGCAGCGGUGGUGAUUUUGGCCGGACUCGAACAGCGCUUUUGCCAACAGUNAAUUAGGUUUCAUUCGGUAUCAGAGUUCGAUGAGACAAAAAGAAGCUGCCGGAGACGUUUGGCCGGACAUAAUGAACGGCGGCGGAAAAACUUACCGGACUUCCAGGGACAAUCCUCCACUUGACAGUGACCUAAGAACUACUAAUUAAUAAUGAUUAUAAUAAUAAUACAGAUUAGUACUAAGAAAGAAGAGUUAGUGCAGUGAAGUUGAAGUUAAUUAUGCUCUCUCUCUUCUGUCAACCCAAAACCAACUUAAUUAGUUUCCUCUUUUUCAUCGGUUUUCUUUGGGUGUUUGUCUGUAAGCUUUUGCUGUUAUAAUAUAAAUAUUAAAUAUUAAAUA